AUGGCAUCGUGUUGGCUGUGGUCAUGGCCGUGGGUGCGAGCGAGCCAGUGGCCGGCUUGGCCGGGCUCAAGGGGCGUCGUGGUUAGUAUCAUCGGUUUUGUUGUUGGCUUCCCUGUCAAAUUUGGCCAGGCUGUGGGUGAUGUGUACUAUGCACUGGGCAGGGUAGCAGCAGUAGUAGUAGCAGUAGUAGCAGUAGUAGUAGCAUCAGCAUCAGCAAUACUACCACCACCACUACCACCAUUCCCAGCAUCAUCCACCUCAUCAUCAUCGUCCCCAUUAAUACCACCAGACCAUGUGCAGCUGAUUCAGGGUCCACACAGGCAACGUCUAGUCGUUCCCAGAGUAGCCAGGCGUAGACAAGACCAUGACCAUGACCAUGACCAUGGCCCGGCGGUGGAUCAUCUCCCGCUCGACACGGCCGAACCAGAGCCGGCGACAAUGCACUGUCGUGCCAAUGUCGACUGUCGCAUGUCGCAACUCGGCGGGCGUGGGCUGUCGCUCGAAUUCCUAUUCCUGUCGCACGGCGAAAACGCCUCUUCGGCCUUCCCAACGCUCGCAGUCGCAGCUCUAGCGCCUCUUCUGUGUUGCCUCGACACACCCGCACAAGUCCUGCCCCCCGGAUGCUGGUACGCCUCCGUCGCACAACUGUCGACGCCCUUCAAGCCACCAGCCUGGUUGAGUGCGGCGGCAGCUGUCUGCCGGCUAUCGUGCCUGGUGCUGCGUGACAUGUACCACUCUGCCUUCCAGUCGUCGGGUACCUGGCUGCCCCUCACCACUCCCACUGCUUGCUCUUUCAACAUGCCAUCAUGGCCGCCUCUAUUCGUGCUCGUGCAGACGGUGCAUCGCCCACCCGUACCACUCACUACUACUGCUACGAUGACUGGGGGGCACGCGGUAAUAGGAGUCGAGGACAUCGAUGCAAGCUAG